AUGGCAUUGUUUCUGUCUGGGCAAAGCCCUGCGGGCGUGCAAGUGUCUCUGCGGACGCCUUCGCACGAGUCUGGAGUCUCACAUAUACUCACGAGAGUGAAGCGACUAAACCAGAAAUCUGCCUUGUCAAUCUGUCAAUGUGAAGAAGAACCGCGCUUGCUCGGCGGACGCCAUUGGGACGAUGGAGGCCAGGAGCAAAAGUCAACCAUCCUUCCGCGACACUCGCUCGCCCGGCCCACCCCGGCGUCGCUUGCCGCUUUUGGCAAUCCGGCCGUUGUUUUGAUGGCGCUGUCGGUGCCUCCGGCGGCGCACAGUGGCGGUCGCCCGGAUUCCGGUAGCGAGCUGGCUGCAGAAUCGGACACCAUUAAUGAACGAUUCGCGCACACCAACUUGGAGCAGCACCGAAAUGCUUCAGUACAGGUGCUCCAACAGCAGGUUAUCCGGACUCGCAUCACUCUGAUGCUCGCUUGCGGUGCAACGACUUGGCGCGGCGGGGCUUUGUACUGA